AGACGAGUUGGAAGUUUGUUCAGGCAUGCGUAAUCCUCCGUGCAAUACUCUAUUUGCAUAUAAAUCCGUGACUAGGUCAUCAAUGUUAUGAGUACAAAUAAAAAAAGAGCACUUUGGCACGCAGAAAGAUUGAAAAACAAGAAGAAAAAAACGAGGAAAAUUUAGUAACUCGUAAUACUUUGAUGAAACUAAACUCGGAAAAAAAAGCAGACAAUAAUAUUUAUUCGGCAUUGACUCCAAUAUUUUCUUUUUUCAUGAUACUAGAGAAAAUAAUUCAUAUUUUUCGCGAUUUUGUAUUUCUAAAUACAAGUCAAAAGGUGUUCAUAUGGUGUGUUUUAUUCCAUCAAUAUAAAGUUUCGAUGGUUAUGGAAGAAUAAAUAGAAAAUCAACAUCAUAAUUAAUCAAGAUUAAGUUCGAGUGCUGCAUUCCUAUGAAAGAAAAAAUUGAAGAAGAACUGAAAAGAACUUACAAACUAGGGAUUUUUGAAGACAAAAAAUAUCAAUACGACAAGAUGCGUAAUUGCACAGCUUUUAAUUUACUUAAUUCUUAAAAGAAAUGAACUUUACAGUAAGGAAUAAUUAUUUUUUAUCCCACUUAAAUUUUGAUGAAUUUUAGCAAUAUUAUUCGAACUAUAAGAUAUUAUAAAUUAAAAUAUAAGAGGAUCAUUUAAUGUUUUUAAAUGUCAGUCAACACUAGCAUUUUUUUUUAAAUUUAUUUUUUACGUAAAUAUGUAAACUAAAUAUUUAUCAAUAAACAAAUAUUCCAAUAAUUUGCAUUUCAAAAUCACUUAAUAUAACAUGUAAAAGCAGGAAUAAAUUUUAUAAAUAAAUUAAAACUAGAGUAUGCUUUAUUUUUAUUAGAGUUUUAGAAUAAUUUAAAAAAAGUUUUUUUUUAAAUAAUUUUUGUUUUAAAUUUUGCAAAUUAUGAAACUAAAGCAACGUUUAUUCAUCGGUAUAGCUGGAGCUGCUUUAGUAACAACAGCAAUGGUAAUAACUAUAACUACAUACUAUUACAAUGAUUCUAAGCAAAUGCAAAACUACGUUAAAUAUGUACACAAUUUCAUACCCAGUAUGAGCCAAAGAUCUCUGCAAAAAACAGUGAAUGAAGAAGUAGAAAGGAUCGAAACACCGAAAAAGGAAAAAAAUAUUAAGGUUCGGCUUAAGAAAAAACUUAGAAAACGUCAUGGAGAAGCCAACGUGACUUAUCCAGAUAGCAACCAAGCGGCUGAAGUGUACCUUUCAGAAAAAGAAUACGAAGACCUACUUAAAAAUCGAAACUUUCUAAGGCCGUCUGUUACUCCCAAUUACUCAACACCAAAACAACCUUUCUCAAAGAAGGGUUUGAAAUCGCGAUUCAUCAGAGAGUGCAUCAAUAUAAACAUCACUCGUAGUCCUGAUGAUGAUCGAGACACAUUUAAUGACUUGGUUGAGAUACUCCAGAAUGAAAUGGGUGCCCAGACAAGAUCUGGCCGUCAUCAGUAUCAACGCAAACGCAUCACCAUGAAGGAUAUCCAUAACAUAGAUGUUGGAAAAAACUUGACCCUCAUGGAAAUGUUUCACUUGGAUAUUAGUGACCAGGACUUGUACACAGAAGACGAUACAUUGGUGCAAAACUUACUAGUAGAAAUGUCAAAAAAUCAAAUCGUUCAUGUUGAAGAGAGAGCUGGUGGGACUCAGUUGAAAUUAAUCAUUACAUUUUAUGAUGGGAGUCAAGCAAUGAUGAAGCCAAUGAGAUUUGAUCGAAACAAAGAAACACUCCCAAACCACUUCUAUUUUGUUGACUUUGAACGACACAACAGCGAGAUUGCAGCAUUCCACCUGGACAGAAUUCUUGGCUUCAGACGAUGUCCUCCAGUUAUCGGUAGAAUAUUGAAUAUUACAACAGAAAUAUAUGCUGUGGCUGAUGACGAUCUCCUGAAAACCUUCUUCAUUUCGCCAGCUCAGAAUUACUGUUUCCACGGACAGUGCAGCUACUACUGUGACACGGGACACGCCAUUUGUGGCCAACCAGACGAUAUUGAAGGUAGUCUUGCGGCUUAUCUGCCACCCGAUCAACUCAGUGGCCGUAAAUCUUGGAAGAAUCCGUGGAAAAGGACGUACCACAAACGUCGAAAAGCAGCCUGGGAAACCAACGAUGAUUACUGUGAUGCUGUUCGCAAUCAGAAACUCUACAACAAUACAAAGAGGCUGGCUGACCUGAUUGAUGUAUCCAUUUUUGAUUUCCUUAUUGGAAAUAUGGACCGCCACCAUUAUGAAACAUUCAAAAUUUUCGGAAACGAGAGUUUUAUUUUGCACCUUGAUCAUGGAAGAGGAUUUGGAAGAUCCAAACACGACGAAAUAUCCAUCUUGGCUCCCCUGUACCAAUGCUGUUUCAUCCACGCCACCACAUUCGAACGUUUGCUUCAACUCCAAAUCAAUCCCAUGAAAUUAUCUACACUAAUGCGCUGCUCAAUGUACAGCGAUCCCUUGAAUCCGAUUCUGAACGAUGCCCACUUGAAAGCUUUGGAUCGAAGACUUCAAAUUGUUCUCCAAAUCGUAAGACAAUGCUUCCAAAUGAAAAGUGAAAAAUUGAUUCUUUAUCAUGGAUAGGAUCACCCACAAGUUUUUCUGUAAUGUGAGAAAAUCUGAAUCGUGAUGAACUCUGAUAUCGUUCAAAAUUCGAUACAAUCUUAUAUAACAAGACAAGUUUAAUCACAUCAUGGUGUAAUUUAAUCCUUCAAUUUAAUUACAUGAUACUAUAAUUUAGCUGGAACAGAUGAUUCAGUUUCACACUGUGUAAAAGUUAUUGCGAAUUGACAAGAUAAUAUGGUUCAACAGGCCGACAUUAUGGCUGAGCAUUGCAAUCAGUUAUAGACCCAUCAGUCUAUAUAAAUUAUACUGCAGUAAAACGGGGUAGCUUCACAUGGUAAAGGUAGAACAUUAAUGGUGGUAGCUAGAGCUUUCAAUGGCCCUUCUUGUGUUGCAUGACACAUAUCUGACAGAUCAACUGAACUUACAGUUGUGUAAAGUAUAGAUCAUUCUGAUUUUCUUUAUUUUUUUGCUAUGUACAAAAAGAAAAAAUAUUACAUUUGAAAUUUGAAGUAUUAACAUAGAUUUUUGCAUUAUCUGAUUGUGCAGUGUGCAUUCGGCACUAUUUGCUGUUUAUUAACCUUACUAAAUUCCUGAAAAUUUAGGUAGCACAGUGAAUUGAGUGAGAUAAGAACUUAUAUGUUAUAAAGAUAUGUGAGAUAAAAAAUUAUGUGAUAUGUAUGAUAUAAAACCUUAUAUGUUAUAAAUUUUUUAUCACAGCAAAGAAAGAAUGCUAGAUAAAUUAGUGAAUCGGAGUGAGUAAGAUUUGGGUUUUCACGAAAUUUGCACUAGAUUAUUUUGAUAAGCUAUUGUAACUGACUAAGAAUUCACUUAAAGCAUUUAGAAAUUUGAACUAGCAUCAAAAGGAUUUCGGUGGUGCAAGGUGGUUAGAUGAAAAAUUCGGACUUUCAAAAGGUGUUAGGUGGCACCGAGUGUUAAAAAUCAGCAUACCAACUGCAUUUUAUAUUAGAAGCUCGUGUAAAAUUAUAUUUUUGAUUGAUCAGAAGUUGUACAAAUUUUUAUAAUUAGUUUUUAUGAAACAAUGUGCACAUUUGUUUUGUGUUUGAAAUAAAUCUCGUUAUUUUCUAGAAAAAAAA